AUGGAGCUAUCAAACAAACUCCGUUGGGACCAAUUCCUGAUUUUGGCAGCGGCACUUAUGUCACCUGUAAUCACGGUGCUGUGUAAUGAUAUCCUCAGCCUGAAGGUGGCAGGAGAUCCAGUGCUAACCCCUAACUCUGUGUGCCUCAGGCUGGCAGGCCUCAGUAAACGUCAGAUGCGGAUGUGUGUGAGGAACCCUGAUGUGACAGCAUCUGCUCUGCAGGGGAUCCAAGUGGCCAUCCAUGAAUGCCAGCACCAACUCCGGGAUCAGCGCUGGAACUGCUCCUCGCUGGAGGGCUUUGGCAAGCUGCCGCACCACAACUCCAUCCUCAACAGGGGUUUUCGGGAGAGUGCCUUCUCUCUGGCCCUGCUGGCGGCGGGCGUGGCUCACUCUGUGGCCUCGGCUUGCAGCAUGGGCAAGUUGCGGGGGUGUGGCUGCGAGGCCAAGCGUCGCCAGGACGAUGACAAGAUUCGGCUGAAACUCACACAGCUGCAGCUGCAGACGCUUCAGAAGGGUGGGGCAGGCAUCGACUUAACACGGUCAUUACCCUCGGAGCUGAAUGGUCAUCAUGGCAGCCUGCCCACUAACCUGCGCUCAGCCCACCCCUCAGCCCUUCUCAAGCCCUUACCGGAUGAGCUAAGCUCUAUGCAAGACACCUGGGAGUGGGGGGGGUGCAGUCAUGACAUCCGUUUCGGGGAUCGCUUUUCCAGGGACUGGCUCGACUCCCGGGGGUCUCCAAGAGAUAUCCACGCCCGCAUGAGGAUACAUAACAACCGUGUGGGACGACAGAUAGUGACUGACAACAUGACAAGGAAAUGCAAAUGUCACGGCACAUCAGGGAGCUGUCAGUUUAAGACCUGCUGGCAUGUAUCUCCAGAGUUCCGGCUUGUGGGCUCCAUACUCAAAGAAAAGUUCCUGACAGCCAUUUUUGUCAACUCUCAGAACAAGAAUAAUGGGGUUUUCAACCCUCGGACAGAAAACGGCGCCAGUGGAACCCAAGGGGGUCUCGGCGGAGGACGUCGUCGAAUCAUGUCCAGAGAGCUGGUGUACUUUGAGAAGUCUCCUGACUUUUGUGAGCACGACGCGUCCAUAGACUCUCCGGGAACACAGGGACGCAUCUGCAACAAAACUAGCUACAGCACAGACAGCUGCAGCUCGCUGUGCUGCGGCCGUGGACACAACAUCCUGAAACAGACGCGCAGCGAGCGCUGCAAUUGCAGAUUUCACUGGUGUUGUUACGUGCUGUGCGAGGAGUGUCGUCACACAGAGUGGGUCAACGUGUGCAAGUAGACGUCAGUCUGUUCCCCCCUUAGUUCGAGCGGCUUUUACUCAUCCAGGACUCAAGAUGGCGAGCCUGUCCCUUCGCCCACUCAUGUU